GAAAAUAAAACCUAAACUUUGCACUAAGGGCGGUUAUUUAAGUUCGCAAUUCGCUAUCACUUUUUUCUGCAUCCCGUCUCAUUUGAAUGUCUCAGGCAAAUUCUGCUAGCUAUGAAAAUGUUUGCAAAAUAGCAGGUUACAUUAAGAAGCAUGUAUCCAUUGUUCCAGAGGUAGGGAUAAUCUGCGGAAGUGGGCUUGGAAACUUAGCCGAUGGGAUUGAGAAUAAAACUGUUUUGCGAUACGAAGAUAUACCCGAUUUCCCACGAACAAGCGUUGCUGGACAUGCUGGUAACCUGGUAUUUGGUAAACUUGGUACACGCUCAGUGGUGGCUAUGCAAGGAAGGUUCCACAUGUAUGAAGGAUACACUUCACAAGAAAUUGCCAUUCCGAUUCGUGUGAUGAAAAUUUUGGGUGUGAAGGUGCUUUUAGUAAGCAAUGCCUCCGGUGGACUCAACAGGAGUUUGAGUUGUGGAAAUUUUGUAGUGGUGAAAGAUCAUAUCAGCUUACCCGGACUUUCACUGAAUAACGUAUUAUUGGGACCAAACGAAGACAAGUUCGGACCGCGGUUUUUGGCAACCUCAAAUGCUUACAAUCCUGAACUUCGUAAAUUAUCUAUUCAGUUAUCGGAGAAGCUAAAUAUUCGCCAUUUGGUUCAUGAGGGUGUAUAUGCUUUUGCUGGUGGUCCAACAUAUGAAUCACCAGCUGAAUGUAAGAUGUUACUGUCCAUGGGCGCAGACAUCGUCGGUAUGAGUACAGUACCAGAAGUUUUAAUUGCGCAUCACUGUGGGAUAUCUGUGCUUGCUAUUUCACUUGUAACUAAUAUGUGCAUUCUGGAUGUAGAAAGUAACGUAACAGCAAACCAUGAAGAAGUCUUGGAUACAGCAAAAAAGAGUGCAGCAAUACUACAGUCAUGGUUUAAAGAAAUAAUUAACAAUAUUUCAAUCAGUUAAGUAAUUUGAACUGACCAAAGAAAAACAUUUAUUUUCUUUUCCAGAAUAUGAUCAUUUUAUAAAGAUUAAUUUUUAUUCCACUCUACUGAUAACUUUCAACUUUGGCUUAAGUGUAACACUUGAAAAUUUUGAUGACAUUUUCGUUUACAAGUCUGACUUUUAUUUUUGAUGUUUUAAAUUGAAUACGAUGGGAGAAAAUAUUGAACAUUUGCUUCAGUUAACUAUUAUUGCAUAUAUUACACUCAUUAGAAGAAAAUUUUUAAUUUAUAACAUAAUAUGCUAUUUCUGUCAAUGGUUGAAUUUACCUAUCAAUCUACUUAAUAAUAAAAAUAAUUUCUUGAUUGCUAUACUGUUUAUCUUUUGUAAGUGAAACUUUUUAACAUUUUUGCAGAAGGCUAGGGCAAUUUUCAAAGUAUGUACAUUCGAAUAGCUCAUAUUGAAUGGCCAAAAUUUAAUACUGACAAUGAACAGUUAUAUAAAUCACAGAUUUCCUAUAAAAAAAGUUGAACACAAGAAAUAGUUGUAUUCUUUCUGCAGCAGAUUCACAUCAUGUUCACAGUUGGCUUUAUCUGCUGUCACCGUUACAAUUUAUAUGUAGUUUUUUGAUUUUUAUUAUCAUCAUGGUCACUAAAACGUAGUUACUG